CGGUGUUAGUCUGAGGGGAUUUCCAAGCAUGGCCACCGACAACAGAAUUCAUUUCUGGCGGAAAAACGCAAAGGUUCCAGGGAGUAUACAACCAGUUUAUGGAGCACAGCAUCCUCCCCUUGACCCCAGAAUACACCGCACGUUUCCUAAAGACACUCCAAAGGCAAAUAAUCUCAAGUCCAAAAAGGCGUCUAGUUUCCACGAGUUUGCCCGCAGCACAAACGAUGCCUGGGACAUUGAUGAUGAGGAGGAUGAGGACUUCUUAGCUCCCAUCCAUCCCUCAUCUCUCCCGCCCACCCUGCACUCUACACACCAGGUACAUCCUCUUCCUCCACAACCACCCAUUAACACCACCAUUGAGCCAGACACAGGGCCAGGGCCUGCAGACCGACUGGCUCCCCCGACAGCAGAGGUCCGUCUUCAGCAUGAGGAGGCCACAGACUGUGGACAGAUCAAUGGCAGAGUGGUGGUGAAGUCCAGCAGUGAGGCCCUGCUCAACACCAAUACAGUGCGUUCCACUCUGCAGAAGCAACAGUCUCUCCCAGUCCGCCCCAUCAUCCCGUUGGUCGCCAGAAUCUCUGACCAAAAUUCAUCGGGGGCCCCAAUCAUGACAGUGCGAGACAAGAGUCGAUUGGACAAAUUCAAAUACCUUCUAUCCUGUCCUAACACCGACCUCGAGGAGCUCCGGAAGCACAGCUGGUCAGGCAUUCCACGAGAAGUGAGGCCCAUCACAUGGAGGCUCCUCUCUGGUUACCUCCCAGUCAACAUGGAGCGCAGAGACCUGGUGCUGAAGAGGAAGAGAGAUGAGUACUUUGGUUUCAUUGAACAGUAUUACCACUCCAGGACAGACGAGACUUACAAAGACACAUAUAGACAGAUCCACAUUGAUAUUCCGAGGACAAACCCACUAAUUCCACUUUUCCAGCAGCCUGCGGUACAAGAGGUGUUUGAGAGGAUCCUCUUCAUCUGGGCUAUCCGCCAUCCAGCCAGCGGCUACGUCCAGGGAAUCAAUGACUUGGUCACUCCAUUCUUUGUGGUAUUCCUUUCCGAAUUUGUUGAGGAGGAUGUGGAGAAUUUUGACGUAGCGUCCCUGCCUCUUGACACCCAGAGGAACAUUGAGGCAGACAGUUUCUGGUGCAUGACCAAGCUGCUGGAUGGAAUACAGGACAACUACACUUUUGCUCAGCCAGGGAUUCAGAACAAAGUUAAAGCUUUGGAAGAAUUGGUCAGCAGAAUCGAUGAGGACAUACACAACUACUUUAAGAGGUAUGAGGUGGAGUACCUGCAGUUUGCUUUCCGCUGGAUGAACAACCUGCUGAUGAGAGAGCUGCCUCUACGCUGCACCAUCCGCCUCUGGGACACCUAUCAGGCUGAACAAGAGGGCUUCUCCCACUUCCACCUGUACGUCUGUGCUGCUUUCCUGAUCGAGUGGCGCAAAGAGAUCCUCUCCAUGGUCGAUUUUCAGGGUCUUCUCAUGUUACUCCAGAACCUUCCCACAAUCCACUGGGGGAACGAGGAAGUAGGCCUUCUCCUGGCUGAAGCAUACAGACUCAAGUAUAUGUUCGCUGACGCGCCCAAUCACUACAAGAGAUAGGUCUCUAUGCCACUGGUUCUUAACCUUUUUUUAAAACCGUGGCACACACCUUGAUAGGAUAAAACAUUCUGCUGCACACCUGCAAUUUCCCUAUUCAUGUAGUGGUAAUGGCAUGCAUCUCAUAUGAUCCAUACUGCAAAUCAUCUAUUUUCUGUGACAUGUUUUUUAUAGGUUAAAUGGAGUUCAUUUGAUCGUUCCUUAAUCUGAAUGUGUGUGUACCCCUUAAAGAGUGUCCUGUGAAUCAGAGUUAGAGCUCCGGUAUUAUAUAUAUAUAUAUGCAGAAAUGCAGAAAACUGUUAAUAUGUAGCCCAAACCGUAAAAAAAAUAAAAAAAUAAAAAAUAAAAUAUAUAUAUAUAUAUAUAUAUAUAUAUAUAUAUAUAUAUAUAUAUAUAUAUUUUUUUUUUUACGGUUUGGGCUACAUAUUAACAGUUUUCUGCAUUGUUAAAGGUGCAACCACGGACACAAAGCCACGCUCCGUUUGUUUCUACGGCAACGGCUGUGGUACAGCUAAACCUAAUCAGACUUGGUUAUGCUAACUGUUCUCACAGGCGAAGUAAAGGGAUACAAAUGGCUUUGCUCGUAAUGCGCGUCCCUCAAAUUAUACAAAUAUAACAACAGCCUGAGCGCACUGGACUUGAAACAGCCACACAGAUGGAACCGUGUGUCAUUCAAUGUAUUAUCUGAGCGCUGCUGGUACUCCCAAGUCCAAAUUCCAGAGUUCACAUUCGUUAGUGUUUCCCCCCCACAAAAAAAAAUUUGAUUAGGAAAAGUUUUAGUGCACAGCUGAAAGUUCCUCAAGGAACAACAGUGUGCUGCGUAACACCGGUUGAAAACCACUGCUAUAUGCACUGGUGAACAGAUUGUAAAACAGUUUGAUAUGUAGGUUUUUAUUCCUCUGACAUGACUGACGGACAGACUGUAAAAAUACCUUGCACACACGUAUAGAUUAUUCACUCAAAAACCCUGCCCUGAACUACCAUUUGUACAAUAUUUUUCUUGCUGUCUUUCUCUGUUAAUAAUUGCAUUGGCAAGUUUCAUUCCACUGACUCUGUAGUGUAUUAUCUUAGAGCCACUGACUCGAACGUCUCAGUAGUAGGCUGUUACAAUUCACGCCGUAGGCAUCGAGUAGGGUCCUGACAUACAGCGGUGAGUUCUGCUAUUGGGACUCACUAUUGUACUGCUGUUGGAACUCUAUACUGUACUGUAUAAAUGACUGGUAUUUUAAUCUGGAAGGGAUAAGUACUUGGCUAAUCGGUUAAUGAGCCAGUUCAAAUGAAUUUAUACUGGCAUUAAAUCAGUAUUGUUUGUCUCAAAGGUUUUAACUGAACUCUUGAAUGGAUGAUGAUGACUGUUUGAUCAACCUUCAAGUUUCAGAGAGAAUAUACUUGAGUUAUUUUGUUUAUCGUUUGUUUAUAACAGAGUUCUGUGGUAAAAACUAGUCCUCAUAUUUUUACCACUUUGUCCCCACUUGUUCCCGUCAUGGAUAUAUUGAGUCCAGUAAAAGGCCAGUCUGAAUAUCGAAUGAAGAAAUGGUCCAAUGUAGUACAACAAGAUACAGGAGGUGUCACAGCUGCUACUAGUAGCCGCUCUGUAGACCAGGAAAGGGUACUUUAUUUCAGGGCUUAUAUAAUCGGGAUGCCAUAUUGAAUCCCAAGGCCUCUAAUGUGAAUAGGACGCGAAUGGGGACCUUCAAUUGUUGAUGUAUUGUUGUGAAGUUUGGACUAGAUAUAAAGUAUUAGUUGAACUAGAUAUAGCUGGAUUUUAUCAUCUUGAUUAUUUGCUAUUUUGUUUAGUAAUCGUCAGACUUCAAUUUUCUUUCUAGAUUAUAUGAAACUGUGGCACGUAUGAAAGUUGAUCAAUUGGAUCAAAAUGAAUUUGUCAUUUGCAACUGAAUGAGACUUGUCUACCCUUCAAAUAGUGUAAACCUGAGGGGGAUCUGACACUUUACCAAAUGUAUAUUAUGUAUGUUUGUGGUGUUCAUAACAAUGCAAUGCAAAUGUUGCUUUGUCUAUUUCCUCUUUCUGAAGACAUAUACAAACCAGUGCAAUCUAAAUCAACAAUCUGCAACACAAUGUCACGACCAUCCAGGAAGUUCUUCAGACAGUAGAGAAAAUGACUGUUCUACUUCCUGUUGUUUGCCACAGCAUCUACUCUUAUGUACUAUGGUUAACUUAAAACAGUUGUCUGUAAACUUUAAUAAUUAUAGAAGUGAAAAUUGUGUAUAUUAAGAAUUCAAAUGUUCAGAAUUGUUAUAUAGUAAAUGACUGUGUUUUGCCUUGUCUCUGAGGGUUGCUAAUGCUGAUGGGGAUUUUCAGAGGCAACUUUUAGUAAGCCUCCCUACACAGUUUCUUGAUCUAUUGAAAACGGUGUCCUGUGAUAUCAACACAGCUGUAUUUCAAGCCUUUGUUAUAAGAAUGUGUAAUGCACUCUUUUCUUUUACUGUCUAACAUGGAAAACAAAUGUUGUCAUUUGACCUUUUGUUUUGUGUCAGUUGAUAGUGGGGUUAUGUAGUAGCCUACCAGUUGAUAUUGGGGUUAUGUAGUAGCCUACCAGUUGAUAUUGGGGUUAUGUAGUAGCCUACCAGUUGAUAUUGGGGUUAUGUAGUAGCCUACCAGUUGAUAGUGGGGUUAUGUAGUAGCCUACCAGUUGAUAUUGGGGUUAUGUAGUAGCCUACCAGUUGAUAGUGGGGUUAUGUAGUAGCCUACCAGUUGAUAUUGGGGUUAUGUAGUAGCCUACCAGUUGAUAGUGGGGUUAUGUAGUAGCCUACCAGUUGAUAUUGGGGUUAUAUAGUAGCCUACCAGUUGAUAGUGGGGUUAUGUAGUAGCCUACCUGUUGAUAUUGGGGCUAUGUAGUAGCCUACCAGUUGAUAGUGGGGUUAUGUAGUAGCCUACCAGUUGAUAGUGGGGUUAUGUAGUAGCCUACCAGUUGAUAUUGGGGUUAUGUAGUAGCCUACCAGUUGAUAGUGGGGUUAUGUAGUAGCCUACCAGUUGAUAUUGGGGUUAUGUAGUAGCCUACCAGUUGAUAUUGGGGUUAUGUAGUAGCCUACCAGUUGAUAGUGGGGUUAUGUAGUAGCCUACCAGUUGAUAGUGGGGUUAUGUAGUAGCCUACCAGUUGAUAUUGGGGUUAUGUAGUAGCCUUCCAGUUGAUAUUGGGGUUAUGUAGUAGCCUACCUGCUGUGACCUCACUUAGCUGAUGUAAAGCAGGAAUAGUAAUUACAUUUCCAACCUUCAUAACCAUUUCUCUGCUAUGGUAGGAAAAAUGUGACAGUCAUUCUUUAUCAUUCUUGUAUUCAUGGUUGCAUGUUUCGUCACAAUAUGGUUUUGAACGUUUGUUUUGAACUGAUGCCCGACUAAGCAUUCUGCUCAAUGCAUUAGGGCAGAUGGAGAACGUUCAUAAGAAUGGUAUGACGCGACUGAGUGACGGAGGUGCAACCUAUGAAUUGAUUGGCAUUUAGACUCAGUUUCAACAAUAUGGCUCAAAUUAGUUUUGUCAGGUUUUUUGUGACCCUAUGACAAUCUAACAUAAUAAAACUGAAGUACAUUUUUUCGUGCAUCAGUUUUUCUGGCACAAUCUGAAGAUCCUGGUUAGUUUUUCAAUAAUCAGUGCUAGAACAGUGAGCUUGGUGGUAUUGGAUGUGUAAUCAUGAUAAUGAGAAAACUGAAGUGCCAUAACUUUUGUACCAGUAUUAUUCUCAUAUUGGUUUUUAAGAUCACCAAGUAGUUCAAUUAGGAUUUUUUCUGCAAUUAAAUCAUCUAAUUGUCAUUCUACUUUAGAUUUUUGCUUGUUCCAGGUACACAUUUGACCAUGUCUUCUCAAGUCGGUGUUUUUGUGGGAAAAAUGCAGACUUAUGUUCUUAGUUGGCAUUUUCACAUUUUAUAAUGAUUUGUUGGUGUAUUUAAAUAGUUGCCGUUCAGCCUUAAACUGUGCUCUGUCAUCAUUUGUUUAUUUGCUAAAAAAAAAAAAAAUCUGACUGUCAUUUUAAUUUAAUUCAUUCUACGAUUGUAUUGUCGCGUUGUUUUAUGGUCAUGCAAAGGUUCACUGCAUUUUGGUUUUAAAAACAGGAGAUAUAGGACAAUGAAACCUGAAGUCAUUGUCUAAAUUCAAAUUUCCAAUCAUUCAUUUGUCUUUUUCUAAUCUUCAGUGCCAAACUAUUCGGCCAAUAAUGUUUUCAUUCAGUUCCAUGCUUCUGUAGUCAUUACUGGUUUUAGCCUUAAAUGGAGGAAAUAUUACAGUAUUCUGCUGUAUAUGAACUUUUUGUUUAUAUUAAACGAUUGUUACCCUUUG